AUGAACCCAAUCCAAGCUUACCCCGCCGAAGGCGUCGUUGUACAAGGUGCGCAUCACGGACAUUAUGCGCCUGAGGCAGUCGACAACAAAACCGGCGCUGGCACAUAUGUGACGUCUGAAAAUGAGUCGCAUAAUGGUGCGCCCGGGAAUGUGAUUCUGGCGCGCGAUGCGCAGACCAAGGGACGCUGGUUUCAAUACCUCAAGACGAAGCAAUUUUGGAUCACUUUGGUGUUGGGGCAGGUCCUCGCUCUCUGUAUCACCGGCACUAACACAUUAUCGUCUCUGCUCGCUGAAGAGGGUACAUCGAUCCCCGCAUUCCAAUCCUUCUUCAACUAUGUCCUGCUCAACAUAAUCUACACAUCAUACACUCUUUACAAAUACGGCUUCAAGAAAUGGGGACGUCUUGUCAUAAAAGAUGGUUGGAGAUUUUUCAUACUAGCCUUUAUGGAUGUCGAGGGCAAUUACUUCAUCGUGCUAGCAUACCGCUACACGACCAUUCUCAGCGCCCAACUAAUCAACUUCUGGGCCAUCGCCGUCGUCGUGAUAAUAUCUUUUUUCUUCCUCAAGGUCCGCUACCACUACACACAAAUCUUCGGUAUCCUCCUCUGCAUCGGCGGUCUAGGCGUAAUCUUCGGUUCUGAUCACAUCACCGGCACCAACAACUUUGGCGCCACAGACCAAGUCAAGGGCGAUCUUUUCGCGCUGCUCGGCGCUACUUUCUACGGCCUAUCCAACGUUUUCGAGGAGUGGUUGGUUUCUGAACGACCGCUGUACGAGGUUGUUGGUCAACUUGCCUUCUGGGGCAUGUUCAUUAAUGGUACGCAAGCUGGCAUUUUCGACCGUGCUGCUUUCCGCAGUGCGGUUUGGAAUGCGAGGGUUGGCGGGUAUCUCACAGGAUACACGCUCAUCCUUUCGCUCUUCUACUCUCUUGCACCGGUACUCUUCCGUCUCAGCUCCGCCGCUUUCUUCAACAUUUCCUUGCUUACGGGAAGCUUUUGGGGUGUAGCGAUCGGUGUCAAGGUGUUUGGACUGAACAUUCACUGGAUGUAUCCUAUCGCGUUCGUUCUCAUCAUCAUUGGCCAGGUUAUCUACUUCCUAAGACAGAGUCUUGUGGGUGAGGCGCUGAAGCCGUGGUUGGGCAAGGACCAGGAGAGGGGACAUGCUGGAGUUGGUACGGCCAGGAGGAGGGCUGAGAGGCCUGAGGCUAUCGUUUAG